GAGCAAGCAAAGGGAAUUACAGUAGCUGUUAAUCAGUUUACUUUAUCUAUAUAGGUCACAUGAUUGAGGUAAAAAAGAAAAAGCAAGGACUUGGUUUUGUUUCCUCUUAUUGUUUUCCCAUUUCCUAUCUUAGCUAUGUAAUAAAAGUGAAGGAAGGAAUAUGUUACAUCUUGAUAAUAAUUAUAUUCCAUUUUAACAAUACAUUUGAUUGCAUUUCUACUCGGUAUAGUAUUUUAUUCCGAUAAAUUAAAGUGUAUAUUAAAAUCUAAACUUUACAAAAAUUAUUUAAUCAAACGACUCAUCUGGUACAAAUAAUUUAUCUUUAUUAUAAAUUUUCUUAAUUUAUGUCAGCUAAUAAGAUUAUAAGCAAUCAGUUUGGUGUUAUCAAUUGAUCGUUGACCAAUAAGACUGGGAUAUAAAUAUAAAUGAUGUUAUGCAAUGCAGAAGAGCUUAAUUCGUCAAUUGGAUGUUUCUCAAACGACACACCCUAAGAGAACAAAAUCAGGAAACUACUUAUUACUGCCUUUUUGUUUUAUUUAUUUUUGCAUAUAUAGAAAGAAAAUGCCGGGUUCCUAUAAUAAGUAGCCUAAAUUCUGUUGCAAGCCCUUCAAAAUGCAAAACCAAAAUGAAACAAAACUUUGUAAUUUUUCCUUUUAGUAGAGGAGUGCCAAAACUAAGUAAAAAUUAUAUCCAUCUCCCUACCUAUAAAAAAAAGUAUUUUUGUCUUGCUAUUUUCAAAAAUACUAGCCAAUAACCAUAACAAUUAAUUUUUCUAUUUAUUUACUAUUUAUAAAUUUUUUAGUCAAUGUAGUCAAAAGCCGAAGUGCCUAAUUUAUAUUAUUAUAGACGGAAUUGAUAUUUAUUACUUUUGCAUAUAUAAAUUAAUAUUGAGAGGUAUUUUCAUCAUUUUACAUCACUUACAAUUAUAUAAAUGAAAUUAUUCGUCUACGUCGAUUAAAAGCAGUAAUUUUAAAACUACAGGGACCAAAAGUAUUUUUAGACUAAACCUCAAGGCUGCAGUUGUAAUUUUCCAUUAAAAUCAGAGUUGAACCCGAAGGGACCCGUAUUGGGAACAUAACAAGACAAAGUUGAUUUGAAUAACUGCAUACAUGCAUGUGUAGUUCUGUACUGCAUUUGUGUUUCCCGUGCUUUAGCAUCUUCGAACCUGUCGUAUCAGAUUAUGAGUAGACAGGAACUAAAUAGACUGCUUCUUCUUUUGACUGCUCUGCUACUGCUGCUGCUGUAUUUCUAUUGACGACACGGGUUUAGGGUGUUGAUUAGUAAUUGAGGGGGAUGACAAUGGAGGUAAAAGAGGAGGAAAAGCUUGCAGAGAAUCUUGAAGCAGCUGGAAAUGCACUUCUUUCACGUCCAGAUCCAUCUUCUGUUGAUCAACUUCUACUUUUGCUUGAUUUGCGAGAUUAUGAGAUGUACAGCACCAGAUGCUCCGUGUGGUGAUGAACAAUUGAAGGAAAUAUUUAAGUUGAUUGUAGCAGCAUUUGAUAAUAUAUCUGAUAUUUCAAGCCCUUCGUACAAAAGAAGACUUUCCAUUCUCGAAACAUUUGCAAGGAUAAAGUUGUGGGUUAUCAUGCUGGAUCUUCAACUUGAUUCCUUGAUACUAGAGAUGUUUAAGGCCUUUAUAAGAAACUUAAGGGAAAACCAUCCUCAGGCUGUUUUUCUGUUUAUGGGGUACAUUAUGAUCAUGGUCUUGGAGGAAGUUGAAGAGGUAUCACCAGAGCUUCUGUCCCCUAUCUUGGGCAGUUUAAGAAAAGGGAACCAGAGUGUUCUGCCUAUUACACGGAAGCUGGGUGAGAGAGUGAUUGAAAAUUGUGUUUCAAAGCUUGUACCCUACAUGGGUCAAGCAGUGCAAUAUAUGGGCUUUCCUCUAGAUGAUUAUGGUAAAUUUGUCGCCUAUAUAUGUGCGCAAAAUCGUGGGACUCUGGAUCACAAUAAAGUAAAUCCUUUUCAAGAUACCAGUGCUAAGAAACAUCCGAAGAGCAGUUGCAAUCAAGGGAUUUGUAAUUCAUCUUCAGUCAACCAGUCUCUCAAGUCUGGACAUGUUUGGUCUCAACAAUGGAGAGGUAGAAAAGUUCGAGAAGGAAAAUCUAGGAUGAAAAAGGCUUGUUUAGCUCCGGAUGAUGGUAAACCUUUUGUUGAGAAUUUGAUUGGUUCCAGAAUCAAAGUCUGGUGUGUAGAAGAACAUGCGUCCUAUGAAGGUGAUGUAGUUUCUUAUGAUCCUAAAGAGAAGAAACAUAAGGUUCGAUACGCCAAUGGUGAUGAAAAAAUGCUGCUUCUCGAGAAAGAAUGGUGGAAGUUUGUUGGUGAUGGAAGUGGUGCAAGUAGAGAAAAACUAGCUAAUUCUCCAAAUCUUGAUGCUUCUUGUGAAAUGCACCAGAACAAGAAACCAAAAAUGAAUUCCAAUUUUCCGAUAGAGGAAACUAUCAGAAGAGAAGGGAUCUCAAAAACGGCACUUGAUAUCAAGAUUUCUGGCAAGAACAACUCGGAAAGUAUUGAAAAUGCAAUUGAAUCAGAAAAUAAAACAUCAGAAGUAGGACACACUGACAGUGCCGUUGAAUCAGAGGAUGGAGUUGGUGGAGUUUGCAGCAUGCCAGAAGAGUCUUCUAUUGACAAUAUUGGAAGGUCGAAUGAUGACCCUCUCAAGCCUAGAGCCGUAAAAGAAUGUAAUACAACCAAUUCGGCUAUAGAUUGUGAAGAUAAAAAUGAGAAAAGCACGUUGCUAAUUGGAACAUUAUCGAAAAAUCUGGUUCCUGCAAACUUGACGAAAAGAAGGUCACCUAGGCAUCAGAUGAUGAAGAGUCAAAAGCAACAUGGGACGCCAAAUUGAAAGCAGGAGCCAAGAGGUCAAUUGCUAACUUUUGUAACUAAUUAAAUGGGUUACCCAUUUUUAUAUUUUGUUAUAUCAUUUGAAUGCCUUGCAUAUAAUGAAAGCAAGAGCAUUCUGGCACAUUUUUGUAGGCUAAACUGAAGCUUAAACUAAUCAGGCUUUUGCCAGAACCUUGUCAACUUGAGAAAAAGACAGCAGUUCAGGAUA